UAUUAUUUUAAUUACGAAGCAUUACGUUUUUAAUUUUAUCAAAAUUAAUAAAAUUUAAAAUACAUGUAGAUUUUUUUUAUUUUUAUUACUAUUAUAAUAUCAGAGGGGGAUGUUUAUUAUUAGAAAUCCAUAAUUGUGAAACGUCAAAUAUUUUGGUUAGUCUUUAACUUUCAACACUGCCUUGUAAUCUCGCCCUCUCUCGCAACAUAACCCUGAAAGAGUCACUCAAGCUAAUAAAAUAGCCAGCAAGUAGAGAAGAAGAUUACCACGAGCCUUUGCGCUGAUAGGUAAGAACUGUCGAGCAGAGAUACUCUGGGUUUAAAUAUAAACAAAAGGUGGGGUAGGAAAAAACGAAGAGAUUUUAUUGGUACCUGAGAAAAAUACAAAGAAACCAUUUUUGGACACGAUUUCAUGUUUUCGAGGCCCGCUGCAGCUUUUCUUCUCCCACCACAUACAGACAGACAGACAGAGGGAGGGAGGGAGAGGGUGGAGAGAGUUCAGCGCUCAGCUUUUGAUGGAGGUCAUUUUAAAUGAAAGCUUUGGAAAGUGAGAAGGCCAAUAUUAAAAACAGCUAAAAUCCCACUUCACGAAUCAACACAAUUAAUACGACGGUUAUUUCGUUGGAGAAAGAGCUCUGUAUCAGACCAUCCACCCUUCGGUGUUUAGAGGCGCGGACGUAGCCGUCAUUAGAAGCAGAAGACACCGCCGUAAUUGAGAGCACGGGUAGAAGCAGACGAGAGGAAGAUAAGAGACAGAACGUACGUCGAGUCGAGUAGGUUUGUAGGGAGGAGAACCCGGAGUUGUGCCUAACUUUGUAGUUAAAAUGGGUCUUACAGUCAUUUUGAUUAUAAAUGUUUGGAUACAUUCUCAAGAUAUACGGAAACUUUGAGAUUGUUAGAAUAAAAAUUACAUUACUGUGCGUAUACAUACAUAUAUAUAUAUAUAUAUAUUGUAGAGAGUUUGAGAAUCAUGUUCUUAUUUUUUGACAUUUGUAAAAUUAUCUUUAACAACUUAAUAAACAUUCUAUGUUACCUACGUUAUACCCACAUGAUUUAACUAAAAGAAAACAGUAAUUUAUUAUCAAAUUAUCUUAUGCGCCAAUCCAAACAGCCAAUAUCUUCAAAAUAAGUCGGACGAGGUUGCACUUUGGUUCCCAACUUUUGACUAGUUUCGUAGUAUCACAACUUCCCCUCAAAAUUUCAGCAGAAGAAAAAACAUAUUUUAAAUCCUUGAACAAUUUGCUCGCCGCUGCAUCGCCAGCUCCUUUUUUGCUCACUUCUUCCUCGAUCUCUCCUCGCUCGCCGAACGCCUCGUUCUCCGUUAACUCACGGCGGCGUCACUCUCCCAUCCCUGUCAGCCUUCAUCACCGCCUCUGCUCUUUACGCCACCGCCACUGCGAAAUCACAUUUGAGAGGUUAAAAAAAAAAAAUUACACUCGGAGAAAUCUGGGAUGACGAUGAUGAUAUGGGGAAUCCUGUGGGGCCUACCUGAAAUGUAAAGGUUGCGAGUGCGGCGUAUUCGACACACGCCGCGAGUAGGAAAGAGCACCACUCUCGCUCAUGCUGCCACGUGUAUCGCGCCGUUGUCCAGAAUUUGGCGGGUGUGUCUCGCCCAAAUAUUUUUUCACAUUAUUUUAUUAACUAUUUGAGCGGCCGUUGUGUUCCCGGGGGCAUUUAAGUCAUUUCGUAAGAAACCCUCGGGGCUAGGGUUUUGUGUUUAUCCCCUGUAGACGGAGACACGCGACCCCAUUUUUUUUAUCUUCCCUCUCUGGCUCUUCCAUUCUCCGCUCAUCCCCUGUUUCCUCUGCUUCUAUGCGUUUGAUUUUCGUUUCUUCCAUAUGCAUCCGUUCUCGCGCUUUUGCUGCCGCCAUUGAAAACGUGAAGUCUGUUGGUUUUUCUAUAUCCUUGUGUUCUUUGUUUCUGUACCGGAGAAGGUUUUGACGCAUGGGUAUGAUGGAUCUGAAGGAAAAGAGUUGUUUGAGUGAAGAUGGGAUUGAGAACAGGAAGUGCUGUAGUGAUUGUAAGACGACGAGGACGCCUCUGUGGAGAGGUGGGCCAGCUGGACCCAAGUCUCUUUGCAAUGCCUGUGGGAUCAGAUACAGGAAGAAGAGGAGAGCCAUGAUGUGCUCGGGGAACGUGCCUGACAAGAAGAAGAACAGAUCUAACAACUCUGCCGCCAGCACCGCCGCCACCACCAACCCCUACUCCACCAUGAUAAACAAAAGAACUCCCACAGGCUCCGCCAACACACUCACCUCCCCGCAGCCGGGACUAACUAGGGUUUUGAAAGUGAAGCUGAAGGCUCUCGGCGACAAUUUCAUGUUGCAGACAUCAAACGACUCACGCUCCCCGUCGCCGUCGCCGUCCGCGCCGGUCCCGCCGGUGGUGGUGAAGAAACAGAGAUGCCAGAGAAGAAGAAAGCUGAAGGAGGAAGAACAAGCCGCUUUUCUACUGAUGGCGUUAUCAUGUGGCUCUGUUUUUGCGUAGAAGACGACACACGGUGGACGAGCCAGAAACGGAGGACCCACCCAGAUGCUGUAACGCACACACUACUUACUGUAGCCACAUACAGAAAAUCAGAGAGAGAAAAAAAAAAAAAA